GAACAGCAGGUGUCUCCAGCAAGGGGAUAAGUCAGGCUGGGGAGGAACCCUACCCAGCCUCAGGACCUCGGGAGCAGAAUCAGGGCACCUCCACCAUGGCCUGGACCCCUCUCAUCCUCAGCCUCCUCACUUACUGCACAGGUUCCAUAGCCUCCUAUGUGCUGACUCAGCCCCCCUCAGUGUCGGUGAGCCUGGGACAGACGGCCAGGAUCACCUGUGGAGGAAACAACAUUGAAAGCAAAAGUGUUCACUGGUACCAGCAGAAGUCAGGCCAAACCCCUGUGCUGAUUAUCUAUAGUGAUAGCAACCGGCCCUCAGGAAUCCCCGACCGAUUCUCAGGCACCAACUCGGGGAACACGGCCACCCUGACCAUCAGCGGGGCCCAGGCCGAGGACGAGGCUGACUAUUACUGUCAGGUGUGGGACAGUAGUAGUGAUGCUGCUUUGUUCGGCGGAGGGACCCAUCUGACCGUCCUCGGUCUGCCCAAGUCGGCCCCCUCGGUCACACUCUUCCCACCCUCCAGUGAGGAGCUCAGCGCAAACAAGGCCACCCUGGUGUGCCUCAUCAGUGACUUCUACCCCAGCGGCUUGACGGUGGCCUGGAAGGAAGAUGGCACCCCCAUCACCAAGGGCGUGGAGACCACCAAGCCCUCCAGACAGAGCAACAACAAGUACGCGGCCAGCAGCUACCUGAGCCUGUCACCGAGCCAGUGGAAAUCUCAUAGCAGAUACACCUGCCAGGUCACGCACGAGGGGAGCACUGUGGAGAAGAGUGUGGUCCCUGCAGAGUGCCCUUAGGUUCCCAAGGCUUCCAGGAUGGGGGCCUUCCUCACCAGACACCCCUUCCCCUGCCCACUGUGUAGCCCUGUGAACCAACCCCUGGAUCAGCUCAGACCAGGCAGGUCACACGCCCUCCCUAUUUCUACUUGUGCUCAAUAAAGACCUUAGCACAUAUCACUGA